GCUUCAUGACACAUUCAUUCCAGAUUCGUAUCAUCGAAGUUCGAUCUCUGAACUGAGCUCAUAUGUCAGCUCAUUCCUCUUGCAAGAUCACAAGCAUCAGGCUCAACCCGUGCUAUCAAGCCACCGAUGUCUAAUUCUGGAAGUUGUGCCCCUGCGGGGACUGGGAAUGACAGCCUAGCCCAGCUACAACCAUCAUCUCUGCAGCGGUCGCCGAUAACCAUCACUCAUGAUAGCUUUUCCACUGAUGGUAGUAGUUCUGACCGUGCCCGAAGUACCGAAAAGGACCUACGCGAAAGGAGAAUCCGUUGGGCACCAUUGAAUAUCGGCCUCGAAAGACGCUUACAGACGUUUGUGGUUCUCUGCCAUACUUUAACCAUCGCUAUCUUUUUGACGAUGUUUUUUUUCUUAUGCGCCAUCCCACUCUCAUGGCCAGUCCUAAUACCCUAUCUGAUCUACAUCUCUCUCUUUUCGACGGCUGCAACAUCGGGGAGCCUGCGCGGUCGCUGCAAUUGUCUGCGCUCCCUCCGUGUCUGGAAAUUGUAUGCGUCUUACUUUCCAGCCCGCUUACAUAGAUCCGAACCUCUUCCACCAACAAGGAAAUAUAUCUUCGGGUAUCAUCCACAUGGAAUCAUAUCACACGGCGCCUUCGCAGCGUUUGCUACCGAGGCUCUUGGGUUUUCCAAGCUCUUUCCUGGAAUCACAAACACUUUACUGACACUUGACUCAAACUUCCGAAUUCCGUUCUACAGGGAGUACGCACUUGCUAUGGGUAUAGCCAGCGUCUCCCGCGAAUCAUGUGAAAAUAUCCUCACUAAAGGCGGAACUAAUGGUGAAGGAAUGGGUCGUGCCGUCACAAUUGUCAUUGGUGGUGCCCGUGAAUCACUGGAUGCUCUUCCCAACACUUUGCGCCUUGUGCUUAAGCGCAGAAAAGGAUUCAUCAAGUUAGCCAUACGUACAGGAGCUGAUCUUGUGCCAAUACUAGCAUUUGGUGAGAAUGAUCUCUAUGAACAAGUGCGCUCUGAAGACCACCCUAUCAUACACAAGUUUCAAAUGCUUGUUAAACGUGUGAUGGGCUUCACAAUUCCCCUAUUUCAUGCACGUGGUAUCUUCAACUAUGAUGUUGGGUUGAUGCCAUAUCGUCGGCCAUUGAAUAUCGUGGUGGGUCGCCCUAUCAGGGUAACACAGCAAAAGGACAGGGAGAAGGUAGAUGAUAAAUACAUCGAUCUACUUCACACAAUGUAUGUGCAGGAACUAGAAAGGCUGUGGGAGCAGUGGAAAGAUUUUUAUGCUAAAGAUAGAGCAUCCGAGAUUGAGAUUGUUGCAUAAGAUGUUAAGAUGAUGGUUCUGGCAGGGUGGCGAUAGCAGAGUGAAUAUAUGAAGAACUAUUCGGCAUAUUCAAACAAGCCCCAUGUCCUGAUGUUUUCCAUAUUGAAUACACUAAUCCAGAAUCCCAGUGACAAGAUUCGACUACAUGUGAG